GUUGAAAGUGACCGGCGACCUGAAGAAGAUGAUGAUAGAGGAGCGUGAAGAACUUCCCGAAAAAACAAGGACAAGGAAUCUCCUACAAUAAAAAUGUUGGAUUCGUUCACAUUACUCUUGGAAAAAGUGUUCUUCCUCACUCACCUCAAUGUCUUCAGACCCAAUGUGUUGUUUUCAGACACAGACAGAGCGAGGGAGAAGAAGAGAGUUACACAUCACUGCGAGAAAGAGGGAGGUAGAGAGGGAGUCCCGGAUACCUCCUCCGGCGCCGUACUCCCAGACUCCAUAUACCAACGGGGAGACUUGCUAGAAGUGCACCGGACUUUAUUCACUCAUUUCGGCAUCUAUUUAGGAGACAACCGGGUGGCGCAUCUGAUUCCGGAUAUUUUGCCACUUUUUACAUCGGACAAGCGUUUCAUUCAGGUGAUGGUAACAAACAAACGUUUAGUUCUCGGAGUUUUAUCCAAGCGCGCCAGCAUCCGGGUGGACACUGUUGAAGACUUUGCGUACGGCGCGUCAAUUCUACUGAACGCUAUGGACACUACCGUGCAGAAACGACCGUUUGAUGGCGAAGAGAUCGCGAGUAGAGCGGAGAAACUGGUUGGGAAGACACCGUACAGCUUGCUUUGGAAUAACUGUGAACAUUUCGUUACUUAUUGCCGGUAUGGCAUUGCAAUCAGCAUUCAGACCGACAAGUUCUGUAAUUGGCUGAAAUCUGUCAUCCGGGAUCACAGGAGCGUUCCGCUGACGGCGUUCCUGGGAAUUCUGUCUGUCGCCUAUCUGGGAAUGUCCUCCUACACCGCCAUACCCACCCUUCUCAUCCCCUUCACCCUCUGGAUGGCUGGCUGAUUCUGGAAAUUCAAUAAUGGACUUGGAAUUUUGGGAAUUAUGGGAAUUUUUGGGGAAUUUUUAUAAUAUGUAUAGAAAUGUAUGUUGUGUUUUAAACGGCUCCAGAAAUGGGCAGCAAUGGCAGCGUUAUGACAGCGUUAUGACAGCGUUAUGGCAGCUUUAUGACAGCUUUAUGACAGCGUUAUGACAGCGUUAUGACAGCGUUAUGACAGCGUUAUGGCAGCGUUAUGACAGCGUUAUGGCAGCGUUAUGACAGCGUUAUGGCAGCGUUAUGACAGCGUUAUGACAGCUUUAUGACAGCGUUAUGGCAGCGUUAUGACAGCGUUAUGGCAGCGUUAUGACAGCGUUAUGGCAGCGUUAUGGCAGCGUUAUGACAGCGUUAUGGCAGCGUUAUGACAGCGUUAUGACAGUGUCCAGCUACAUUAUCUCAUUCUAGUAUGGCUAUUUUUUUUUUCAAUAUUUUUCAGAACACUUAAAUAGCAGUCAUUUUCAGUUUCUGUACCCGUCUCUAACCAUGGACACUUUGCACAGAAUGUCUUUUUCACAUUGUUGUCACGUCCUGACCAUAGAAAGCUGUUAUUUUCUAUGGUAGAGGAGGUCAGGGCGUGACAGGGGGGGUUUAUUCUAUGUUUUCUAUGUCUAUGUUGUUAGGUUCUAGUUUGGGUAUUUCUAUGUUGGUUUGUUUGAGGGUGAUCUCCAAUUAGAGGCAGCUGGUCCUCGUUGUCUCUAAUUGGAGAUCAUAGUGAAGUAGGGGUUUUUCUUCCUGG